CCUGAAUUUUUCUGAACCGUCUCAGUGCAGCUCCUUCCAAUAGGGCGCUUUCCCUUUAAUUCCCAAUUAAAUAGCCAGCAUCAGCUGCACGAAAGUGGGGUUGUGAUGGAGACGUGCAUGAGGAUGUGUUCAACCCUCAGUUCCGAAGCUUCUCUAUUCCGUUUGUUUUGUUGCCGUUAAACGUGUGUUUUGUAGCCUAAGAGAGUUUACCCAGGAUCGGAUCCACUCAUCGCGUCCCUGGACUACACCUCUCCGUUCUUCGUGGCCUUUCUCCGCUGGAGAUCUAUUGGCGGAUUGGAUUGUCUGACUGACCGACUGACUACCACCUUUUUGUAUACGACCCCUGUGCGGCAGUGUUAAAGAUGGAGUUGAGGGGAGUCUGUUGUGUGUUGUUGACCUGUCUAUUCUACACAUCCUCUGCAGACAAAGAUUUCUUCACUUCCAUCGGUCAGAUGACCGAUCUGCUGUACACAGAGAAGGACCUGGUCACCUCUCUGAAGGAUUACAUCAGAGCUGAGGAGGACAAACUCGAGCAGGUCAAAAAGUGGGCUGAGAAGCUGGAUGUGUUGUCGGCCACAGCCACUCAGGACCCAGAAGGCUUCCUGGGCCACCCGGUCAACGCCUUCAAGCUGAUGAAGAGGCUCAACACAGAGUGGGGAGAGCUGGAGAGCCUGGUUCUCAAGGACAUGUCUGAUGGGUUCAUCUCUAACCUGACCAUCCAGAGACAGUACUUCCCCAAUGAUGACGACCAGACGGGGGCAGCCAAGGCCCUGAUGAGGCUUCAGGACACCUACCGGCUGGACACGCACACCAUAUCCUCAGGAGAGCUUCCUGGAACCAAUAAGGAUGUCGCUAUGAGCCCUAUGACCGUGGAGGACUGCUUUGAGCUGGGGAAGAUCGCCUACUCUGAUGCCGACUACUACCACACAGAGCUGUGGAUGGAGCAGGCCCUGAAACAGCUGGACGGGGGAGAGGAGUCCACCGUGGACAUGGUAACCAUCCUGGACUACCUCAGCUACUCCAUCUACCAGCAGGGGGAGUUAGAGAGAGCCUUGGACUACACCAAGAGACUACUCAAAUUGGACUCUGCCCACCAGCGAGCCAACGGCAACCUGAAGUACUUUGAGUACCAGCUGGCCAAGCAGAACAAGGUGGAGGCGGAGGAGGGCCAGAAGGAGAAGGAGAAGAGAGUGCGGGAGAAGAGAGAGGCAUCUGACAAGAAGGGCAGACCUGCAGACUACCUGCCUGAGAGGAGGAAAUAUGAACAGCUGUGUCGCGGCGAAGGCAUCAAGAUGACCCCUCGUCGCCAGAGUCGUAUGUUCUGUCGUUACUCUGACAACAACCACCACCCCCUGUACGUGCUGGGUCCCGUCAAGCAGGAGGACGAGUGGGACCGCCCACGCAUCAUCCGUUACCACGACAUCCUCUCCAAUAGCGAGAUCGAGAAGGUUAAAGAGCUGGCCAAACCCAGGCUGCGCCGGGCCACUAUCUCCAACCCUAUUACUGGUGUGCUGGAGACCGCCCACUAUCGCAUCAGCAAGAGUGCAUGGCUAACCGCCUACGAAGAUCCAGUCGUGGACAAGAUAAACCAGCGCAUUGAGGACAUCACCGGCUUGAAUGUCAAGACUGCAGAGGAGCUACAGGUGGCAAAUUACGGCGUGGGCGGGCAAUACGAGCCCCACUUUGACUUUGGACGGAAAGAUGAACCGGAUGCAUUUAAGGAGCUGGGCACCGGGAACCGCAUCGCCACCUGGCUCAUUUACAUGAGUGACGUACCUUCAGGGGGAGCCACUGUCUUUACUGAUGUGGGAGCUGCAGUGUGGCCCAAAAAGGGAAGUGCAGUGUUCUGGUAUAACCUGUUUGCCAGUGGAGAGGGUGACUACAGCACGCGGCACGCAGCCUGCCCUGUCCUAGUGGGCAACAAGUGGGUGUCUAACAAGUGGAUGCACGAGCGAGGCCAGGAGUUCAGAAGACGUUGCACUCUGAACGAGUCAGAAUGAUCCAACGGAAUACACUUUUCUCCUCUCAUCCCUCUUCCUGGACCCUCCUGACUCUCGGCUCUGUGGGCUGUGAAGUGCCCUCUGACCUCUCGUCCUCCUCUCCAAAACUCAGUGUUCACUGAGGCUCUGGCUGCUCAUGUGAUGUCACAUGUAUUUGUAGUUGAAGUGUGUGUGUGAGUGGUUCACCAGUGGGUCCGAAGCGCUUCGCUCCCAGUCUGUGCCUUCUGUCAUGGGUUUUGCACACUCCGACUGCACAGCUGUCUUAACCUGAGGAACUUUUUUAUUUCAUUCUCACCCUUAACAGGGACUUUGAUACAAGAUAUUAAGUUAAUUAGAGCAAGCAACACAGCUGCUUAUCCCGUUCAACUUCCAACACAUUGUUUUGGUGUGCCCUACUCUUUUCCUCUACCUGAAACACUCCUUUUAACCACCACUCCAGUCCCUUCCUCCACUCCUUUUAACCACCAUGCCAAUCCCUUCCUCCACUCCUUUUAACCAUCAUGCAAUCCCUUCCUCCACUCCUUUUAACCACCACGCCAAUCCCUUCCUCCACUCCUUUUAACCACCAUGCCAAUCCCUUCCUCCACUCCUUUUAACCACCAUGCCAAUCCCUUCCUCCACUCCUUUUAACCAUCAUGCAAUCCCUUCCUUCACUCCUUUUAACCAUCAUGCAAUCCCUUCCUCUACUCCUUUUAACCACCACGCCAAUCCCUUCCUCCACUCCUUUUAACCACCACGCCAAUCCCUUCCUCCACUCUUAACCACCACGCCAAUCCCUUCCUCCACUCCUUUUAAACAUCACUCCAAUCCCUUCCUCCACUCCUUUUUACCAUCAUGCCAAUCCCUUCCUCCACUCCUUUUAACCACCACGCCAAUCCCUUUCUCCACUCCUUUUAACCACCACGCCAAUCCCUUCCUCCACUCCUUUUAACCACCACGCCAAUCCCUUCCUCCACUCCUUUUAAACAUCACGCCAAUCCCUUCCUCCACUCCUUUUACCCAUCACUCCAAUCCUUUCCUCCACUCCUUUUAACCAUCACGCCAAUCCCUUCCUCUACUCCUUUUAAACAUCACGCCAAUCCCUUCCUCCACUCCUUUUAAACAUCACGCCAAUCCCUUCCUCCACUCCUUUUACCCAUCACUCCAAUCCUUUCCUCCACUCCUUUUAACCAUCACGCCAAUCCCUUCCUCCACUCCUUUUAAACAUCACGCCAAUCCCUUCCUCCACUCCUUUUAAACAUCACGCCAAUCCCUUCCUCUACUCCUUUUAAACAUCACGCCAAUCCCUUCCUCCACUCCUUUUAAACAUCACGCCAAUCCCUUUCUCCACUCCUUUUACCCAUCACUCCAAUCCUUUCCUCCACUCCUUUUAACCAUCACGCCAAUCCCUUCCUCUACUCCUUUUAACCACCACGCCAAUCCCUUCCUCCACUCCUUUUAACCACCA